AUGUGUCGCCACUGUCCCGAGACCAUUUCCCGUGUCAGGGCAUCAACAUCAUUAGUGGGCGGAUCCCGAUGUGCGAAUUUUUUCCGGUGGAAAAAGAAUGAAAAAGGUUUUAAGGAACGGCACUGGCGCAAAAGCGAUUUCUCCUACUACUACGAGAAAAUGUGCUUCAAGUUGCCGGAAGUCUGCGAGGGACGUGCUUUCAUUUUCGACGUGAGAAGGGAUUUUCGAUUGAAGGCUAUCGCCAUUGAGCUUUCGGAUGUGCGCACUGUUGGCGAAUGCCGGCAGCGAUGUCUCGAUGAAUCCUGCCCAGCUGCAACUUUUGAAUCGAGCACAAAAACCUGCCGCUUCUACAAUCAAACUCGGCAAGAAUCCGAAGGGGAAGAAGCACCGGGCGUGGACUACUAUGAAAACGCGUGCCGACCUGAACGUCGCCGAUGCGAAAAUGGACGUGUCGACUUUAUCAUGGCUCAACACGCAGAUGUAGCUUCAUUUGGGAUUCAGGCCGGUACACGUUCCGUACGCGACUGUAUGCGCGAAUGUAUCGACUCUACCGCCUUCCACUGCCGCUCAUUACAAUACAACCCGAAAACCAACGAAUGCUAUAUCUCGGGUUUU